GUCAAAUGCCAAAUAGCACAUAUGUCAGAAAGUUCUCCAUAUUGUUUACAUCCUUUCAUUAUUACUUUGGGAAAUUAUUGUAAAUUAAAAAUAUUAUUUGAUUAUUUGAUAUUCACAGUGUAUAACUGAAGUUAGCAAAUUUGUUCUUUGGAAAGUAAAGUGCUAAAUUUUGAAGAAUGGGUGAUACUAAAGGUCCGCCUGUUUCGUUAUGGACUGGUCCCGAGGAGGCUGGUCCAUUGAGAAGACCAAAAGAUUCUCGAAAUAACACUCAAGAUCCCGGAUUGGAACAAAAGUUGUCUGAUAAAUUAAACAAUUCACUCACUUUCACAGAAGAUAUAUUAUCAACAAGUACUUUGUCAGUUGAUGCCAAGGAGUGGUUUCCACCUUCUCAUAAAGCUGCUAACGAUUCAUCACAAUUACCAUCAAGUUCACUUCAGGGAAGACUAUUAAAAAUUAAAACAUUAAAAGACAAUAAUCCCACUGCUGAUGAUCAAGUUUCCUUUAACAAUGAGAAUUACAUUGUUGAAAUUUGUAAUGAUGAUUUGCAGAGCCUUCAUGAAAUUAUUUUUAGAAUAACUCAGGAUCCUGGAGAAUAUGAUUCUGCACUAGAUGUAGUUCAGAAAGUUGUUGAACCUUACUUGGAAGAUGUUGAAUUUUUAGGAAAAUUGGCCAAUUUAAUUGUAGAACAGGCUCUCUUAAUACCUAGUUUCAGCUAUAGUGCUGCAAGGCUUUGCUUAUUUAUGGAGGAACAGAGUGGUCUAUUCAAACCCGGACUAGUUUUAUUAUGUCAAAAGAAAAUUGACCAACUUCCUUACGAUCAAGGUUUAACACUAUUUUUGGCUGAAUUAUAUGCUCAACAGUAUGCUGAGGAAAUGUACGGGACUUUGCUCCUUAAAUGUCUUAAAAAUUUAGUCAAAGUGGAGAACUGCAUUCAAGAGAGUGGCGACUUUCCAAACAAUCUAAAAGUUGCAUGUCAAGUGCUGAAGUUAACUGGUAGUUUGUUAGAUGCUCAUUAUACAAAAGAUGUUGAUUACAUUUUUGAUCAAUUGGAAUUAUCGAAAAAUCAUCUGUCUGAUUCACUGAAAUCUUUAGUACAAUGCGUGGUCAAUUUAAGAAGUACAAAUUGGGGCAAGACCAAUGCAAAUCACAUAGAAAACAACAAAAUAACUAGUCAACUUGGAAAGGAUGUAAACUACCAAUACAAUACAGAAGGAGUUUUCUAUGGACCUGAUGGAAUAGAACUUACUUUGGAAGAAAGAAAAUGGCUUGAUGACAUGACUGACUUUUGUAGUGAUGGAUCUGACACUGAUCUGGAUUUAAAUCCGGAAAUGGACGAAGAAAUGCAGAUAGCCUACAAACAGUUCUUAAGGCAGAAGAAUUCUUCAUAAUUGUGACACAAAAAUUUUAUGUUGUGAGUAAUUAACAAAAAACUAGAAUAAUUGCAAAAAAAUGUGAUCUACAUUGCAUUGAUUGUUCUUUCUGUUAAAGUCUCUUUAUCGCAUUGUUUAUUUAUUGUAAAUUUCACAUUCAUUUUUUAAACGAUAUAAACAUUAUGAUGGUAGUAAUAGCCUUGUGUGUUUGUUGUAAAAUUUUUAUCAUCUAAUACCUGCACACAAACAAGCUAUUUUUAUAAUUAGACACAUCAUCCACAUAAUGAACACAAUUUACCAUAGAAAUGUUAUGAACUUCCCCAUGCACAUAAUAAAAAAAAACAUUAAAAAAUUUUGAAAUGAAAAAAUACUGUAACUUUAAAAUUAGUGUUAGAUAACAGUUGAUCUUCUUUCUUACACGUAUGUCAUACAAUAAUUUGCAAAUAUUUACAUAAAAAAAGUAAUAAUAAGUACGCGUAUAUAGCGUGGUGUAGGUAUAAAAACAAUCGGUAAAAAACACUAAAAAGAAAACUAUUAUUUUAAUGUAGACCACUAAGUUCGCCAAUUAAAGAAACAUUCACUUCCAUAUUAUAUAACAAGAAACACAAAAAAAACUUUAGUGAACUAAGUUUAUUGCUAAUUAUAUUUUUUACAAUUUUAACUUUAUUGUAUUUUUUACAAUUUUAACUUGUAAUUCUAAUAUUUGAAAAUGUUGGGGAGGUGCGUAACACUAAAGAAAUGACACUGUGAUAUCUCAAAAAUAAUAUAACUUUUUUAAGUAA